CUAAAAUUGUAAUUGUUCCAGAAUCUACAAAAUGGCGGAUCGAAAGAAGAGUAAAAAGAAGCAGCUUGGUGUGGUGGAGGAAGAGAAACUGAGUAAAACAAAUAAAUCAGUUUUGAAGUGGUUAAGGAAGAAUGUUCCGAUUAAGAAGACCAAGUUUAUGCACUCCCAUGUUGUGGAGUACUUCACCUCAGCUAAGGCCAUCGAUGCUCUAGUCAACGACAGCCCCUGGUCAAAGGAAAAGGCUAAGGAAGGAAGUGAGUUGAUUCUUGAGACACGAUUUCAAGCCAUAGAUCUGCUUGAUGUUCUCCUCAGGAAUAAGAUGUUCCAUCGAGCUAAGAAGAUAACGGUUGCAGAGAAGGAAAAGAAGAAGAAAAAAGACGAGGAAGAGGAGAAAGUGGAAGAGGAGGAAAAGAAGGACUUGAAGCAAAGGAAGAAGAAGAAGAAGGAGGAUGAGAAGGAAGCCAAGGAAAAUAAGGAGGAGAAGGAGAGAGCUGCAGAGAGGGAGAAGAAGAAGAGGAAGAUAAGAUUAGAAAUGCACAAUGAACAAGUCAUAAUUGAUGGAAAUGAAGCGUAUGUCUGGCUGUAUGAUCCAACCCCCUGGUACUACUAUAUUGCCGGUUCAGCAAUAGUUCUCGGCAUUAUAGCCGUCUGUCUCUUUCCACUCUGGCCAGCAGAAAUGAGACAAGGUGUAUACUAUUUGUCUGUUGGUGCAGCUGGUUUCCUUGUGUUUAUUAUCUGUCUCGCAAUCAUCAAGUACAUCAUCUUCCUGGCUCUCUUCAUCUGCACUGCUGGAAAACUCAAGUUCUGGAUAUUUCCGAAUCUUACUGAGGAUGUUGGGUUCAUAGAGUCCUUUAAACCUGCAUACGUUUAUACAUACACAGGACCUAAAAAGGAAAACGACAGCGAUGAUGAGUCGGAAUCAGAGGAUGAAGAUGAAGAAGAUGAGGAGGGAAAGAAUGAGAAAGGUGCAGAGGUUUCUGGAGACGGGGACGGAGAAGGGAGUGAUACAGGCCGGGACGACCAAGGGAAUGGCAGUGAAGAAGAAAACAGCCAAGGAAGUGAGAGCGGUGGUUCAAGCAGAGAAUUCGAAAUUAUUGACAACAAACAAACAUAGAAAACAUCUCUCUCUUGUUGGACGACAACUAAUGGUGAAAUGAUGUCAGUAUGACGUUCACGAAACGUGCAUAGGAUAAUAUACAUGAUGCGCCAGCGUAUUUAGUGUUCAUCAAUGUUUGUAAUUUCCGGUGAACAAUUUCGGGGGGGGGGGAGAUAAUAUUUGUUGUACAAAGCAAGAAUAUUUUACCUCUUUAAAGAAAAUUAAUGUUUAAAAAUCUUCAAAUUUUAAAAUGUCCCAUCAAAAGCUAUUUUAAAAAUUAA